UAAAAAGCUCAGAAUAUAUUUGAACUGAAGCAAAUGCUAAAUGACUAAAAUGGAAAUUCAGAUGUUAUUGAAUUCAAGCACAGGUGCAUAUACUUUAUACAUGUAAAUGAAUAGAGCUGAUGUCCAUUUGUUAACAGUUUGUCCAACUACUGUGGCUGAAAUGUAGGUGAUAGUGUUGGGUUUUAAUAUGUGGGUUAUUGUUGGUGACUUGCUAUGUACUGGCCAAAGAAAAGUGGGUAACAGGGCUGAGACAGUUAACACUUUGAAAACCCAUGGGCGGGGCAUUUGGGCACGGGGCUGGGGUUGGUGGGUAAGAAGGCUGAGGUAUGUACAGUGCCCUCUGGAGUUAUGGUAUGGAGUUUGAGAUGGCACUGCAAAAUGUCUCUGCAAAAAAUGUAAUUGUUGUUUAUUAUCUUGAUCUCAUAAUUUGAGAAAAAUCUAACCUUUAACUAGGGUAGAAUGUUUCAAGGAAAAAAUAUUAUUCUGAGCAAUGAAUAAAUGCUACUCUCUAAUGUUUUGCAGUCACUGGCACCCAAGCAUUUAGUACUUUGUCCACCAUGCUCUUGCCAAGAUAACAGCGUUUGGUGUAGAGUUUUUAUGACUACGCUUAUUGAUUUGCCUUGCUUAUGUGAGUAAUGGGGUCAAAGGACAAAUGUAGUCAAUGCUGGUGUUCGGAUGUACAGCUUACAAGGGUAAAGCCUGGAGGUGUAGCAGGACUGGAGGUGUAGCAGGACUGGAGGUGUAGCAGGACUGGAGGUGUAGCAGGACUGGAGGUGUAGCAGGACUGGAUGUGUAUGCGUCGUCACCAUGAUGGAUACCCUGUACGAGUGGUUUUGGUGGGAUCGCGUCUGGCUCCCUGUCAACCUGACCUGGGCGGACCUGGAGGAUCGUGAUGGCCGUGUCUAUGCCAAAGCUUCACACCUCUAUGUGACGUUCCCCUACGCCAUAGCCUUCCUGCUGGUCAGAUACCUCUUUGAAUGGCUGAUAGGCACGCCUCUAGCAGCCUCUGCAGGGAUCCAGGAGAAGGGCAGACAGAGAGUAGCACACAAUCCCAUCCUGGAACUCUACUACUUGUCACACUCCAGAACACCUGGCCAGGCAGAUAUAAACGGUCUAUCGAAGAAGAGUGGCUGGUCGGUUAGGCAAGUGGAGCGCUGGUUCAGAAAGAAAAGAAACCAGGAUCGCCCAAGCGUAGUGAAGAAGUUCAGAGAGGCCAGUUGGAGGUUUGUGUUCUAUCUGUUGGCGUUCAGUGGAGGACUUGUGGCCCUGCAUGAUAAAGAAUGGUUUUAUGAUAUGCGUGAGGUGUGGAAUGGGUUUCCAAAACAGUCUAUGCUGGAGUCUCAGUAUUGGUACUACAUUCUGGAGAUGAGCUUCUAUGGUUCCCUUCUCUUCAGCGUCACAUUCGAUGUCAAGAGGAAGGACUUUAAAGAACAGAUUAUCCACCAUUUGGCCACCCUGAUACUGUUGUCCUUCUCUUGGUGUGUCAACUACAUUCGCAUAGGAACCCUAGUGAUGCUCGUUCAUGAUGCCUCCGAUGUCUUACUAGAGUCUGCCAAGUUGUUUAACUACGCCAAAUGGACGAAAACCUGCAACAGCCUCUUUGUUGUUUUUGCAAUUGUGUUCCUGGUAACCCGACUGAUCAUCUUCCCAUUUUGGCUGAUCCACUGUACCUGGGUCUACCCCACGCUGCAGUACCCCCCGUUCUUUGGCUACUAUUUCUUCAACAUGAUGCUAGUUGUCCUGCAGUUCCUGCACAUUUUCUGGGCCUACCUCAUACUUCGCAUGGUCAAGAAGUUCCUCUUCGGCAACAUGACCAGAGAUGAAAGAAGUGAUGGUGAGGAGGAGGAGGAUGACGAUGAAGGAAGUAGUCUGAGUGAGGAAGAAAAAGAGGACAGUGGGCAUUGUUUCACCAACGGGUCGGGUGUGCGCACCAAGGAGGCCAACAACGGUUGCUUCACACACCUGUCUUUCUCAGCGAACGUCUGCCAAACAAAGACCGUCUACUAACACAGCUCAGGUUGUAAUUUGUGGAGCGCCUGAGGCAGGGAGUGGCGGGAUCGCGGUCAGAGGGGCAGGAUCGCGGUCAGAGGGGCAGGAUCACGGUCAGAGGGAACGGAAUCAAAGGGAAAAGAAGAUCAACACAAAUCAGUUUCCAUUCCGUGCGGACAAAGAAAACAACAAUCAAACAAACAUCCUGAUUUAUGACUUUUGCAUUUGGAGAGUAGCCUGGUUUUCUUAAUGGCUUGGCUUUCACACAACCGCACACAAAAAACCACACACACACACACAUACACACACACA